CCUGAAAACACCCUGUCCACGUUAAUAAGUUGAAUUCAAUUAUUGGCAGAGCUGCUUUCCUGGCUCUCAAUCACAUUAAAGGUUAGAAUGCAAAAGAGUGAACGCGACAUUAAAGAAUAUUUUGAGGGAAAAGUAAUCGCAAUGUCAGAGGAUAAUAACACUGAAUAUAAGGACACAGAAAUUACAUCAAAUGCUGGAACCAUUCAAUACCAGGAGGCACUGUGUGUUGUCGGUGAAGAUCAAUCUAUGUUUGAGGCUAGUUACCAACAACAAGAUACCAAACCAUCUAUUCAACAAAUUGAGUCUUUACAACCAAAAGCAAAAGCUGCACCUCUUACACCAGUUCAAGAGCCGCAGUGGAAUUCGUGUGUAACAACUAUGAAACAAGAAGUUGACACCGAUGGUGUAGCGGGAGCUAGGGUAGACUCGGAGAGCCCCCUUGACUGUAGUGUUGGUAAGCGACAAGGUAUGACUGAGCCACAAACAGCACCACCUUAUCCAUGCCCACCUUAUACUGCUACUGCAGAGGACAGACCACGGUCACCUCCUCCAAAUGUGACUACUUCAGAGAAGCGAGUCAUUGUGCCCGCAGAUCCUAACAUGUGGAGCACUGAACAUGUACAACAGUGGGUUGAAUGGGCCGUGCGCGAAUACUCCCUGCAAGAUGUCCAGGUCACAAGAUUCAACAUGGAGGGUAAACAGUUAUGUAAAAUGAACAGAGAUGAUUUUAUUCGGAUCACGAGCGCGUAUAAUGCUGAUGUACUUAUGUCACAUUUAAAUUUUUUGAAACAAACUCCACUGCCUAAUCUGACAUCAGAAGAUGUGGACAAGGCGUUGCAGCCAUCUCCACGUGGUCCAGCUCCAACACAAGGUAAAAUGAUGGACUUUACUGGACUGCCUGCAAAUCGACAUGAACCUGAACGAUACAACAACAACAACAACAGCAAGCAGCAUGUUACUCCUACGUUUCCUGGAAGUACAGCAUUCCCAUACCCCAACUCAACAACUCCAGUCGAUACCUCAACACGAAUGCCCAGAACAGAUCCAUACAAGAUGUUUGGACCUACAAGCAGGACUCUUAGUAACCCAGGAAGUGGACAGAUUCAAUUGUGGCAGUUUCUGUUGGAAUUGCUUUCAGACAGCUCCAAUUCAAACUGUAUUACAUGGGAAGGUACAAAUGGUGAAUUCAAAAUGACAGACCCUGAUGAAGUUGCGAGGCGAUGGGGUGAGAGAAAAAGUAAACCCAACAUGAAUUACGACAAGCUAAGCAGAGCAUUACGAUAUUAUUAUGAUAAAAACAUAAUGACCAAAGUACAUGGCAAAAGGUAUGCAUACAAAUUUGACUUUGCUGGACUAGCACAGGCAAUGCAGCCGGUUCAAACAGAUCCAAGCAUUUACAGAUAUCAGUCAGACCUAUCUUACAUUCAAGGAUAUCCCCAUCCAGCAAAAUUUGUUGGUGCACCAAUUCCGUCGACAAACGCAAGUUUAUUCGGAUCACAUACAUCGUAUUGGUCAUCACCAAGCGCAGCUAACAUUUAUCCAGGUAGUCACGUGACCCAUCCACAUAGUCACGUGUCACCGCACAUAGGUACAUAUUACUGACGGAAUUUUAGUUGGACGCAAAUUUAGUGCUCAAAAAGAAAGCUGCUACAGACUACUUAAUGGAAGGAUACACUUCAAACACUUUUUGAAUAAAUGAAUGUUCCUAAUUGUAAUAAAUGAAAAAAUUAUUCAUAUACUCUUUAUGUAAAUUAAUUGUUCCGUAACGGAAACCAUGAUUUGUACGUAAAAUACGCUAAUCAAGAUGUCAUCUGUUUUGUACGUACAUGACUGUGAGAAUGCUGGACCAUUCUCUUGAAGUAUCUUUUGAUAUUAACAAUAGGAGGUUUCUUCAAAUGUAUUAUAAGUGGAAGUUAUACAUUUUGCAUGUUUGUCUAUUUCUAUAUGAGAGUAGAAUGAAAGCGUAUGGAGAGUAAUGUACUCAUUGGAAGCCCAUGUGAAUAUCAGUUAAGGCAGAAAACUGGGAUUUCGAUAAAAGAUUUGUUGAUUCGUCAAUCAUACGAAUUUCUUGUAUAAUUAACUGAUUUAGUUAGUAAUAUAGUGCAUUACUGGUAAGCUAUUGUUAUUUUCACUUACAAUAUGUUUUGCUAUUCAAUGGAAAUUUGGAUACUGAUGAACGAAUUCAUUUACAUCAUUUUCUAUUCCAAUACACUAACGAACAACAAAGGUAUACAUAAUUCACAAAUGAUGUCUAUUUCUUGAUUUCUAGAUAUUUUUACGAGUAAUGUCCUGAAGAUGAUUAGACUCGAGUAUGUCUAUAUACCAAUGUGUGAUAAUUGAUUUAAAUACGGAAUUAUUUACCACAAUAUUACAGGUUCUCACACUAUCAUGUUGUAAGUUAAUCAAUAGCAUAAAUGUUAUAUUUCGUUACAUUGUUCAUGUGCCAAUUAUACUUGAAAUGACUAGCGGUUUUCUGUAUUGAUAAUGGUGCAAUAAAGUGACGGAAUUUCUAACAUGCUUUUAAAUAAAUAUUAUACUCUUGUCAUUCGUUCAUGCCAUUUGUUAUUACCAUUGGUUCUAAAGAUUUAAGUAUUUUUUCCGUUAGACAAAUUCUAAAAGUAAAUUAAGUAUUUUAAUUGCUCUAAACAACUAUAACUAUUGCUUAUUAGUUUAGAUCAUUGAUACACGCACAUACUCUAUUUUAAAAAGUAAUUGUCAUAUGCUAUUCAUUUUUCAUCAAAUGUUUGAUUUUAAAAUAUGAAAUAUAUAAAUUAUGUAUUCAUACAUUUAAACUAUUGUGUAUAUUUAAUCGAGUGACCUAAGUCAAUUAACUUGAUAUAUUAAAUAUAUAUAUAUAUAUAUAUAUAUAUAUAUAUAUAUAUAUAUAUACACUCAGGUACGAAAAAUGUAUGUAUAUCAAAGUUGUUGCUUAGCACUGUAAACAUACCGUAUGCAAACAAACUGGUGAUUAAUAUAAACAGUUCUCAGAUACACAA